AUGGGCAGAGACUCUGAUCGCGACGACGGUGACGAGCGAAACCACCGCAAGCGUCCUGCAAACGACGAACCUCAAGAUGAUCUACCCCAGCCAUACAACGCCAAAUCACUUCAGCCAGCAAAGCGGCGCGCCCUCUCGCCAUCAGAACAGCCUCGAAAGCUGAAGCGCCCCGGUGCGCGUUCGCGUAUCUCAGAGGCCGAGCGUGAAAAGAUUCGACAGCGCCAGCUCGAACGAGAACGCGAAGCUGCGGCUGAGGAAGCCGCCGAAGCUGAACAGGAGAGGAUCCGAAACAACAGUGAUCUUGUGCGACACCACUACAACAACGUACCAGAGCGCGGUCGCGACUGGAGAACAAGAGACAGCAAGAUCAAGGGACUUCGUGUUUUCAACAAUUGGAUCAAGAGCUGCAUCAUCCAGCGUUAUUCACCCGAUGAAGACCACACCCCUGGUUCGCGCGAAGCUGGACGCUCCAGUGGCAAGGACCUACUUGUGCUGGACAUGGGAUGUGGAAAGGGCGGCGAUCUUAACAAAUGGCAGCAGGCUCCUCAACCAAUUCAGCUUUAUGUUGGACUCGAUCCCGCUGACGUGAGUAUCGAGCAAGCCCGCGACCGCUACCGUACACUGGGUAGCCGUGGCGGGCGAGGUGGGCGCGGCGGACACCGAAGACCGCCACCGCGCUUAUUCGACGCUCGUUUCCACGUCAAAGAUUGUUUCGGCGAGUCCAUUGAGAACCUCGACAUCAUCCAGCAAGUCGGCUUCGACCCUUCACCUAUGAACCGCCGAGGUUUCGACGUUGUCAGCAUGAUGUUCUCCAUGCACUAUGCUUUCGAGUCGGAAAAGAAUGCGCGUAACAUGCUCCGCAAUGUCGCUGGAGCACUCAAGAAAGGAGGACGUUUCAUCGGCUGCAUCCCUAAUUCUGAUGUUCUGGGCGAGCGAGUCCGCAAAUUCAACGAGGAGGCUGCUGCCAAGCGUGCAGCUAAGCAAAGCGAAGAAAAGAUCGGCGAUGGCUCGACAACACCGCAACAAACGGAGCCAGAGGAUGGUGAGCUGGAAGAGGGCGAGGAGGAGCCGACUGCUGAAUGGGGUAACUCGAUUUACCGUGUGCGCUUCCCGGGGAAAACACCUGAUGAUGGUGUCUUUCGACCUGCCUUCGGCUGGAAAUAUAACUUCUUUCUAGACGAAGCUGUAGAGGAGGUGCCUGAGUAUGUCGUACCCUGGGAGGCCUUCCGUGCUCUCGCCGAGGACUACAAUCUUGAGUUGCAGUUUCAUCGCACUUUUCCUGAAAUCUGGGAGGCGGAGAAGGAUGACCGCGAGCUUGGUCCGCUGAGCGAGCGCAUGGGCGUACGGGAGCGUGGUGGAGGCCCUCUUCUGGUAUCCGAUGAGGAGAUGGAAGCUGCUAGUUUCUACGUCGGGUUCUGCUUCUAUAAGGUCUAA